CAAAACUCCAUUCUCACAAACACCAUAAACAACAUUAUAUUGACUCUUAUAUAAUUCUGUCCCGGCCUGUCUGGAAAGGUUAUAUUAUUUUCAUUAAUAGAUCCGAAAGUUUAAGGUUUUUGGAGUAGUAAGAAAUGGAUAGAGUGAGCAGAAUGGCGGCGGAAAGGCCGGUGGUGAUGUUUAGCAAGAGUUCUUGCUGCAUGAGCCACACCAUUAGGUCACUGUUAAACGACAUGGGGGUUAACCCGGCGGUGUACGAGCUGGACGUGAUUCCUCGCGGCCGGGAAAUCGAGCAGGCGCUGUCCAGGCUGGGGUGCAACCCCACCGUGCCGGCGGUGUUCAUCGGCGGCGAGCUCGUCGGCGGGGAGAACGAGAUCAUGACCCUUCAUCUCCAGCAGGCGUUGAAGCCCAAGCUUAAGAGGGCGGGAGCCUUGUGGGUUUAAUUAAUUAAUUAACGUUAAUUAAUUAAGUUAACCCCGACAUGAAACCUAGUUAAUUAUAUUAUAGUUAAUUAGACGCGAAUAAUAAUGAUAUGAUGAUGCAAUAAAUAAUGCAUGGCAUGUCUGAAUAAUGCUAUAUUGUACGUGAACUUCAUAUAUUCUGCAGCUUCAAUUCUUUUUGUAUUGCAAGCUGUUGAAUCUAUAUAUCUUACCCAUUUUGCUACCAAUAAAGGCAAUAAUAAAUUUCACUUUAUUAUGAUA